UGCCUUGGUGGCUGCGGGUGCGUACUCGGCGUCCGCGCGUGCGCAGCGGAGAUGGGCUUUCUCUGUGUAACAGCCUGGCUGUCCUGGAACUCACUUGGUAGACCAGGCUGACCUCAGACUCACAGGGAUCCUCCUGCUUCUGCCUCCCAAGUGCUAGGAUUAAAGAGAUGGAGCCCUAUUCCUGUGACACUUUUGUGGCCUUACCUCCAGCCACAGCUGGUAAUAGGGUCAUUUUUGGGAAAAAUUCAGACAGACUCUUCGACGAAGUACAAGAAGUAAUUUACUUCCCAGCUGCAGUGCACAAUGAUUUAAGCAAACGUCUUAAGUGUACUUACAUAGAAAUUGACCAGGUGCCUGAAACAUAUGCUGUUGUCCUUAGUCGCCCAGCUUGGUUGUGGGGGGCAGAAAUGGGAGCCAAUGAGCAUGGAGUCUGCAUUGGGAAUGAAGCUGUAUGGGGAAGAGAGGCCAUUUCUAAGGAGGAAGCACUUUUGGGCAUGGAUCUUGUCAGACUUGGCCUUGAAAGAGCUGAUACAGCUGAAAAAGCUCUCGAUGUCAUUGUCGACUUAUUAGAAAAAUAUGGCCAAGGUGGAAAUUGUGCAGAGGGUGAAGAAUUUAGCUAUUACAACAGUUUCCUGAUAGCGGAUAGGAAUGAAGCUUGGAUUCUGGAGACGUCAGGGAAGUACUGGGCAGCAGAGAAAGUCCAAGGAGUUCGUAAUAUUUCCAAUCAGCUCUCCAUAACAACCAGGAUCGACCGGGAGCAUCCGGACAUGAGGAACUAUGCUAAGCAGAAAGGCUGGUGGGAUGGCCGGGAGGACUUUGAUUUUGCUGCAGCAUACUCUUAUAUCGACACAGCUUCAAUGAUGACGUCACCAAGCAGAUACUGUCAGGGCUACAAGCUUCUGAAUAAGCACAAAGGAAACAUAACUUUCGAAACAAUGAUGGGGAUUCUUCGAGAUGAACCAAGUGGCAUCAAUAUGAAGGGAGAAUUCCUGAGCACCGCAAGCAUGGUUUCUGUUUUACCUCGAGAUUCCAGCCUGCCUUGCGUUCACUUCUUUACGGGGACUCCACAUCCUGAGAGGUCUGUUUUUAAGCCUUUCAUAUUUGUACCACAUAUUUCACAACUGUUCGAUACGCAGUCACCAACAUUUGAACUUGAAAGGCCCCUGGCAAGGAAGCCAUAUGUCAAGCCUGACAGAAGACACCCACUCUACCAAAAACAUCAACAGGCCUUGGAAGUGAUAAGUCACAAUAAGGAAAAAAGCAAGACAAUGCUGGAAAACAUGAGGAAGCUGGAAAAAGAAGUGUUUGAGGAGAUGGAAUCAGUUCUCCAAAGCAAACAUCUUGACGUGGAUAAAACUGUUAAUCUCUUUUCUCAAUGUGUAAAAGAUGAAAUUAAAAUUUAUCAGUCAAAUAUUAGCUCUUAAUGAUAUAUACAUGGUCAAAAAUCUUCCCCAUUGCCCUGAUAAAUGGAUACAAAGGUACUUUAAGGAGAUCUGAUCUUUUCUUCAUAAUACUAAGUGACAUUCUGACUGUUAAAGUCACAGUAAUGAGUAUUCAGUUGCAAAAAGCACAAAACAUUAACAUGAUACAUAGGCUAUUUUAUUAUAUUCCAUAGUGCCCUUCAGGCAUUUUCUCAGUUAAGAAAGCUCGGAGCUUCUUAUUGAAAAAAAAGCAAUGGGAAGUAUGUCAAGUGAGUUUUUGUGCUUUAGGCAAAUAAUAACCAGCCUUAGAAAAAUUAGAAAACUGUCUGAAGUCUAAUGCCGCAUCCCCUCAGAACUGUCUUUCUGUUCUCUUGGAAGUUUUCCUCUCUCAGAAUGCGGUGCGGCUGGAGUCUUAGAGGCGUGUCUUUUCAGAUUGGCUCCUCCCACACAGCUUUCUCCACGCCUCUGCUGCCAUAGCUCAUUUCUUCUGAGCGUGGAAUCUGCCUUUCUGUGGGUGUGUCACCACUGAAGGGCAUCUUGGUUGUUUCCAGACUUGGGCAAUUGAGAGUAAAGUGUGCAAGUGACUGUAUAAGUUCUGAGUGUUCAGCCCAUUCAGGUUAGGGCCGAGGCAACCGUAGAGCCAUCUUCCAGAUGCUGCCAUUUCUGCCCCCUUGAGCCCAUUGUUUCCUUCCCAGCUAGUUGUCAGUGUGUGGGGAUUUGGCCAUUCUAAUAAGUGUACGGUUUUUCACUUCUUUAGGUAACAGGGAUUGAUCCUAUAACCUUGUACUUCCUUUUUCAGUUGAAUUUGUAAUUCCAAAUGGUAUAUGACGCUGAGGUACAUUUUGAACGCUUAUUUCCAUUUGUACAUUUGAUGGGGUGUCUGGGUCUUGGCCCAUUCUAUAAUCAGAUGCUUCUGAUUUACUUAUUUUACUUGGGAGUCUACCCUUUUUCUUAGCCUUUAAAUUUUUACUUUAUAUGUAUGAGUGUUUUGUUUCAUGUAUGUCUGUGUACCAGGCACAUGCCUGGUGUCGUCAGACGGUAUGAGAUCCUCUGCAACUGGAGUUUCAGAUGGCUGUGAGCCGCCGUGUGGGUGCUGGGCACCAAACCCAGGUCCUAUGCAAGAACAACAAGCAACUCUUAACCACGAUCCACUCUCCAGCCCCUCCCACCGCUCAAGUCUAAAACUCUUAAAGCUCGUUGUUCUUAGGAUAAAGCCUCAAUCCUUAACACAUCUGCCCUUUUUAUAUAUUACUGCACGUUUGCUAUUGAUUUUUGUUUCAACGAUGGUGGUCUUUCAGGUCCUUACAUGCGCAUUCCUGCCCCAUGGCUGCUCCCUCUGCUUGCUCCUUCCAUUUCCGUGAGUAGUUCUCUUCAUCUUUAGAGCUUGCUGGCAAAUGAGCUUCUUAGGAUUAUAUUAAUUAAUUAUACAUUAAUUAUAUUAAUCAUACAUUUAAAAUUAAUCCAAAUUAAUCAUACAUUUAAUUAUUUCACAGAAAAAGUUCCAUGAAGGCCCAUUGUUCAAUAUUAUGUUUGGAUGCUUUGGUAUUAUAUAAUACUUAUUAAAGGAACAAAUACUGGUGAAAAGAAUGUAUACAGACCUUUCUACAGAAAUUUAAAGUUAUUUAUCUGUAUAACUUGGUAGCCUCCUAAGUUUGAACCCUAGAAAAAUUCAAGGAUUAUAAGGCUAUGUGAGUUGAUGUAUAGAGAUUGUUAUUGUGUAUGUAUACAACAGGAUAUUUGAGAUGUGAGCGCUCAUGUUGGUAAUUAAUGCCUUGUGUAUAUUAGAAAUUUUAGUAUUUUCUUAAAUUUCAUCUGUUGUAAGAGUAAAAAUAAUAAACUUAGUUAUUUUACAUAAAAUUGGCUUAUUUGAUCUUUGAUGAAAAUAUAAGCUUAUAUAUUAAUCUCUAAUACAUUUCCUUAAAAAUAAUUAUACAGAGUGAAAGUUUGGAAGCAGAGUUUCUCUUUGUAAAAGUAUUGGUUGGCUGGGUUUUUUGAGACAGAGUUUCUCUGUAUAGCCUUGGUUGUCUUGGAACUCACUCUGUAGUCCAGGCUGGACUCGAACUCAAGAGAUCUGCCUGACUCUGCCUUUUGAGUGUUGGAAUUAAAGGCAUGUGCCACCACCGCCUGACUAAUUCUAAACAGAAUUUUACAAAAUACUUUUGCAAUGUUGGCCCACACCUUUAAUCCCAGCACUCAGGAGGCUGAGGCAGUGGGAACUGUGAGUUCGAGGCCAGCCUGGUCUACAGAGCAAGUUCCAGGACAGUCAGGGCUGCACAGAGAGACCUGUCUCGAUAAAAAACUGCAGGAAUGUAAAGGCCACCUUUUCCUGGAGAGCACUCUAUGAUCUUGGACUCUGCUUCCGGUGUCACUCAUCUCCUGACCACUUAUAAAGAUGUCUACUGACAGCCUGCUUGCUCCAAACCCUGCAGAGCCAGAAGGUCAUGAGACAGUCCAGGAAACUCACUCAGAAAGCACCCAGAGUUUACAGACAAGACUUGGGUGGUAUGGUCAGCAUUAUUUGGAUCAUCCAAGGAAAAGAUGGUGACAGUGCCAGUUAAAAUAAGUAUUUUAUUGAGAAACGUGCUGUCAGUGAGAAGGGAACAUACAAAUAUGUCCAUCUAAUAAUUAGCUUAUCCUCAAUCCUAGAAUUAGUCCUAGAAACAUCCCUUGAAGGCCUCCGUCCUCUGAAACAGCAACUCACUCUGACCUAUGGUUUUCUUUUAGAGCCUCCCAUGGAAAAUAAUGUUUCAGAUCCCUCCAUCUGGGCAAACAAAGGAGCAGACCUAAUGCGGUUCGCUCACAAACAAAACAGACUCCUGCACUUGAAUUCGAGUUGCUUGCGGGCGUGUGGAUUCUGUCUGGUGUCACCAGAGGCUGCUGGAGCAGAUGUUUCUGCACACUCCUAGGCGUGGGGAGUUACAGUUGGCCGUGUCUUUUAUCCCCCUAAGUUUUAGAGUGAUGUUUUUCUGCCUAAAACAUCCUAUUUCCAUGAUCAUAACAUAACUAAGUAUCAUUUCUUUUUAAAUACACUAGGCUUCCAUGCAAGUUUUUUUUAAUUAUGCAUUUGCUUAAUUAAUGUAUAUUUAAUUAUACAUUAAAAGGGUCAGGGCACCAACCCCAUAAAUAAUUUUCUAGGUGGCUCUUGUAUAUGAAACACUAUGAGAUAAAUAAUGUUUAAAAUAAGUUAAACUAUCACUGAUAUCUAUUAAUCAAGUAGUUGUUCAAAGGCUGUGCAAAUUAUCUGAAGAUAAAGCUUUAUCUGAAGGUGUUAUGUUCUGGCGUGGGGACCCUGGAGAAGAGUGUCUCCUGAGAGAAGAGGUGUUGAAAUGGGAUUUGCCCUUCUAAGGGUGAAGAGACCAGAGCCCUUCCCUCUCGUGGGUGCGGCACCAUCUGUGAACCUGCUGAGUGUGCCGCCUUGAUCUAGCACUUACACUUACUACUUACUUACUAUAAGGAAGAUUUCCUCUUGCCUGUGGGCUAUCUCACUGUAAGAAAGACUUCCUCUUGCUUGUGGGCUAUCUCAUUCAUGUCAUUUUUUUU